AUCUUUGGCAGCCUUUUGCAGCUUUCUACUCAUUCCGACUACGUACGCCUAGAGUAAAAUUGAAAGCUAUUGCGUUUAUCAUUUCCGUCAGAGCUGAGAUCGCCGGCGGUUGCCGAUAAUGGCGUCCAAGUUUUUGGUUUUACGGCCGAGCCGUUCUCUGCCGUUACCGGUACAACGAUCAUGCUUCUCAACAAUUGUCUCUGUACUACCUCAAUCUCAACAUUCAUCAUUGUUCCUUGGCAAAGACAAAAACGCCUUGACCUCACCUCCCAUUUUCCAUAAAAAACCUAGGUUAAUUGGACCUGUUACAGCCAGAUCACAAUUGAAUUUUCCUCUGAUUUCUCCACAAGAUCAAUGGGGCACCUGGACUGCUCUCUUCGCCUCCGGCGCUUUUGGCAUUUGCAAGUAAUUUGGGGAUUAUAUCUUGUGAAGCACCGGCAUAUUCAAUUGUGUUUGGAUUUCUGCUCCCACUGGCUGUGCCAUUGCUGUUGUUUAGAGCAGACUUGCGCAGAGUAAUAGAAUCGACUGGCACACUGCUAUUGGCUUUCUUGCUUGGAUCAGGAUAGGAACCAACAUUUGUGAAAAGCUUGGUGGAGGUGGUCAUGCACGCGAGUUAUAAGGAUAUGCAAGAGCCAGGAAAAUCUCAAAAUUUGGCAAUCUCAACUUUUUUACUUUACAUGUUAUUUACCUGUUUUCUAUGUAAUUACAGCAUGGUAAUGUCAACAUGUAGUAGUUAAGACCUGAUAGAAUAUGAAAACUUGAGGUGGAGGAGGUCAAUGGCCACAUCACAUUAUGGGACCCAUAUAAACAGAAAAUAAGAAGUAUUGUGAUUUUCAAUCACAUAUUCAGUCCAAAGUAAAAUCUCCGGAUUUGUAUAUUCAUAUUUUCAUCUUUCUUGUGCAUCCUCCGCAAAUAGGGUAAAGUUGUGGAUUUCUUCUAUUUGUAGUAUGCUAGCUGAUCAAAGACUUUAGGCUGAUAGUUUCCAACAUAAAUGUUCAUAAUGGUUCUUAAUGGCAAAGCAGAGAUUAUUGGAGUUGACUUGUUUUCAAGUCUUGUAAGUUCUAAAGUUCUUAACGUGAGUGUGCUUUAUUUUUGUAUGACAGUUGCAACAACGAUUGGAACUGUUGUGGCUUUUCUGAUGGUGCCCAUGCGAUCACUCGGUCAAGAUAGUUGGAAGAUAGCCGCUGCACUAAUGGGUAGACAUAUUGGUGGAGCUGUCAAUUAUGUUGCCAUUUCUGAAGCUCUCGGCGUCUCUUCUUCAGUCUUAGCUGCUGGACUAGCUGCAGAUAAUGUUAUUUGUGCAGUAUAUUUCACAUCAUUGUUUGCACUAGCUUCUAAGAUACCACCUGAGGCCUCAACAGCGACCACUGAUGUCGGACUGGAUAUGCAAUCAGAAUCAGGAAACAAGAUUCCUGUGCUGCAGACUGCCACAGCCCUUGCUGUAUCCUUUGCCAUCUGCAAGAUUGGCAAUUUCGUCACGAAGUAUUUUGGGAUUCAAGGAGGUAGCCUUCCAGCCAUUACAGCAAUUGUCGUUAUUUUAGCGACUACGCUUCCGAAACAGUUUGCUUAUCUUGCACCUUCUGGUGAAGCUAUGGCAUUGAUACUGAUGCAGGUAUUUUUCGCUGUGGUGGGUGCAAGUGGGAGCGUACGGAAUGUCAUCAAUACCGCACCCAGUAUUUUCUUAUUCGCUCUUGUCCAGAUUGCAGUCCAUCUUGCUGUGAUCCUUGGCUUGGGCAAGCUGUUUCGCUUCGACCUCAAGUUGUUGCUUUUGGCAUCAAACGCCAACGUUGGAGGCCCAACAACAGCUGGUGGAAUGGCCACUGCAAAAGGAUGGAGAUCUAUGAUUGUCCCUGCCAUUCUUGCUGGCAUAUUUGGUAUUUCGAUUGCAACCUUUCUCGGUAUUGCUUUUGGGGCGAAAGUUCUUAAAUACAUGUAAAAUAAGUUUCGGAAACCCCAGCUAUCAUGUUCACACUCCAUGCUGAAUUCUGUAGGAUUUGAGGAACACGUCGUUGUUACAAGUUAUUAGAGAAAAACCAAAGAUAUAUUAUUGUUCUCUUGUUCAGUUAAUAAUGCCAUCAUCCUCUUAUUGAGGGUGAGGGCGAACUUUGACGAAACAAUAAAAUUGUUAUAUUAUGUUCUAAGAGUGAUAGGUUUGAGUGAUUGAAGAUAAAUGUUAUAGAGACUUAAUUUGGUUAGUUAA